GGAAGCCAUGUUGGAGCUACAUUGGAUUCAGGCUGGGAUUUUCUGACGCCGUAUGUUUUUCUUUAAAUAUCUGUUUUCGUAUAUUGUUGGGGUUCGUAAACCGUGCGCGAUCGGCGCCGUAAUCGGCAGUGGAAAUGAUGAACUCCAGUGUCGACCUGUCCCGGCGGAAUCCACAGGAGGAUUUCGAGCUGAUCCAGAGGAUAGGAAGCGGCACAUACGGAGAUGUGUACAAGGCUCGUAAUGUAAACACAGGAGAGCUGGCUGCUAUCAAAGUCAUCAAACUGGAACCCGGUGAGGACUUUGCAGUCGUGCAGCAGGAGAUUAUAAUGAUGAAGGACUGUAAACACUCCAACAUCGUUGCCUAUUUUGGCAGUUAUCUCCGAAGAGAUAAGUUAUGGAUCAGCAUGGAGUACUGUGGAGGUGGUUCUCUGCAAGAUAUCUAUCAUGUAACCGGGCCUUUGUCAGAAUCACAGAUAGCUUACAUGUCACGGGAGACCCUACAGGGUUUAUACUACCUGCACAAUAAAGGCAAAAUGCACAGAGACAUUAAGGGAGCCAACAUCCUCCUGACAGACAAUGGCUAUGUGAAACUAGCUGACUUUGGCGUAUCAGCCCAGAUCACAGCGACCCUAGCAAAGAGGAAGUCAUUCAUUGGAACACCUUACUGGAUGGCUCCUGAGGUAGCAGCGGUGGAGAGGAAAGGGGGUUACAACCAGUUGUGUGAUAUCUGGGCUGUGGGUAUCACUGCAAUAGAACUGGCUGAACUGCAGCCACCCAUGUUCGACCUGCACCCAAUGAGGGCUCUGUUCUUAAUGACAAAGAGUAAUUUCCAGCCUCCUAAGUUGAAAGAUAAAAUGAAGUGGACAAAUAACUUCCACCAUUUUGUCAAACUGGCUCUGACCAAGAACCCAAAAAAGAGGCCCACAGCUGAGAAACUGCUGCAGCACCCUUUUGUUUCCCAGCCUCUCAGCAGGACGUUAGCGAUUGAGCUGCUGGAUAAAUCCAACAACCCCGACCACAGCACCUUCAACGACUUUGACGAUGACGACCCUGAGCCUGAGUCCCCGGUUCCUUAUCGUAUCCGCUCCACCAGCAGGAGCACCAGAGAAGGAAAAACACUGUCCGAGAUGAAAUUCGAUCAAGUGAAGUUUGAUAGUCUUUUGGAAAAGGAGACACAACCUCAUCAUGAACCGUGUGAUUCUGAGCCCUAUCUGGACUGUGUUGAGGAGCUCUACUAUACAGCAAGAUCUAAUCUGGAUUUGCAGCUGGAAUACGGUCAAGAUUCAUCGCGUUUUUUGGGAGGAAACAAGAGUCUUCUCAAAUCGGUGGAGGAGGAGCUGCAGCAGAGGGGCCAUGUGGCACACUUAGGGGAUGAUGAGGAUGAGGAUGAUGAUGGUGCAGAUGAUGAUGAAACUCACACUCAUAAAUCAAGCACCAUCAUGAGGCCAAGGGUCCCACCCCCACUUCCUCCUAAGCCCAAAUCCAUCUCCUCACCCCAUAAUCAGACGGAUCAAAAACACGACGACAGCCACUCACACAGUGAAGAUGACGGUGGAGGGGGAGGGACCAUCAAGCGCUGCCCAGUGCCAGAGACGCCGAGCCCCGCCAAGCCCGCCUCCUAUGUCCCCCCGCGUCCUCCUCCCCCGAAGCUGCCGCCCCACCGCCGCAGUAGCCUAGGUAACGAGAGCCCGAAGCUCAAAGACGUCGAAAACUCUGCCACAGAGGAUGAUGGGAGCUUUAGGCAUUUCUGGGAGUGGCUCCACACGCCUCACACAGAGGAGGAGCUGGAGGAGGCGUGGGAGGUUCUCAAGGAGGUGAAAGAGGAGCAGGAAAAACAGGAGGAAAAGAAAGAGAGUAAUGGGCUGAACUCUCCCCACAAUGGCGAGAGGGCCAGCCCAGCAGAGAGGCAGUCCACCAUGCCACCUAGUGUCCCCAUACGGAAGGACAAGAAGGAUGUUCCGAAGCCAAUCAGUAAUGGUCUCCCCCCAACACCCAAAGUCCAUAUGGGUGCGUGUUUCUCCAAGGUGUUCAACGGCUGUCCCCUCAAGAUCCACUGUGCCACUUCGUGGAUCAACCCUGACACCAGAGACCAGUAUUUGAUAUUCGGAGCAGAAGAGGGAAUCUACACAUUAAACCUCAAUGAGCUUCAUGAGACAACAAUGGAACAGCUCUUCCCUCGGCGGUGUACCUGGUUAUAUGUCAUGAACAACUGUCUUCUUUCCAUAUCCGGAAAAGCCUCUCAGCUGUACUCCCAUAGUCUAAGCGGUAUGUUUGAACAGGCCAGACAGUUACAGAAGUUACCAGUAGCCAUUCCCACACACAAGCUGCCUGAUAAGAUAAUUCCCAGGAAGUUUGCUGUGUCCAAUAAGAUUCCAGAGACUAAAGGGUGCCAAAAGUGCUGCGUAGUUCGUAACCCAUACACAGGUCAUAAGUACCUGUGUGGAGCCUUCCAGUCAAGUGUCAUGCUGUUGGAGUGGGUGGAGUCAAUGCAGAAGUUCAUGCUCAUCAAGACUAUUGACUUCCCACUACCCUGUCCGUUGGAGGUCUUUGAAAUGUUGGUGGUCCCUGAACAGACCUACCCUCUCAUCUGUGUCGCAGUCAGUAAAGGAACUGAACUCAGCCAGGUGGUCCGAUUUGGCACAGUCAAUCCCAACUCUACCUCCUCCUGGUUCACAGAAGCAGAAACCCCACAGACAUGUGUGAUCCAUGUCACUCAGCUAGAGAGGGACACGAUCCUAGUCUGCCUCGACAGGUGUAUAAAGAUAGUAAAUCUCCAAGGUCGGUUAAAAUCCAGCAGAAAGUUGUCAGCCGAGCUCACCUUCAACUUCCAGAUUGAAAACAUCGUUUGCCUCCAAGACAGCGUAUUGGCGUUUUGGAGACAUGGCAUGCAGGGACGGAGUUUCAAGACUAAUGAGAUCACUCAGGAGAUCUCAGACAGCACACGCAUCUUCAGACUACUGGGAUCAGACAGACAUGAUGACUGUAGAGAGCAAGAGGCUGAGGAAAAAGGCCUCAAACUUCCCAGGGUGGUGGUGCUGGAAAGCAGGCCUACGGACAACCCUACAGCCCACAGCAACCUCUACAUCCUGGCAGGCCAUGAAAACAGCUACUGAGACAUGCACACUAACAUACGUGCACAUAAAACACGCUCUGUAGACACCCCAGCAUUAGUACAGGAAAGGGAGCAAGCGACACACUCAUCCCAACUCCACUUUUAUCCCACCCAGCCUUCAUCUUCUCCCCUGGCCCGACUAGCAGUGUGUCUGGGAGAUGUUCAUCAGUGCACAUGCGGAAUCCCAGUUGCAGCGUUUUAUAAAGAGCUGCAGUGUUAUGUGUAUCAGUGAAGUGUGCGUGUGGCGUUAGAGCAGUGGGUUGUAGACCCGUUUCUGACAGUGUCAGGGUUUUAAAACUCUUGGCCUGAGGCCGCUUUAGAUCGGGAUAGUCAGCUGAAUCUCUGGCCCCUACCCUGGAUACAUCACACUGGGAACAAUGUCUAGCACGGAAAUUUGACUCCAACACUACUUCUACUACUACUACUUCUACAUAUGCUACUAACACUACUGCUACUGCUACUGCUGUUUGCGCUAAAGCUUCACAGAAGGGCCAUCUUGCACAGAAAACCUACCCUUCUUCUUCAUUGCUCCUCCUUCCUUUUUUCCUUACUUGUCCCUUUUUUUUUUUUUUUUAAACUACACCUUUAUUUAUUUUUGGCAUGACAUGCUUUUAACAACCAGGAUGAAUUUCCUGUUUUUAUUUGUUGUCUUUUUAAAAAAUAAAAAAAGAGAAAACCAACUAAAAAGCUUUGCCACUUUCCCUAGCAUCAAAUUCCAAUACUCGUCACCACACAAGUGCUUAAUUGACCUCUAUUUAAUUGUUGUAAAUAUAAGUGUAGUAUUAUUUUUGACAGAGACGAACACUAAAAGGGUUGUGUAGAUAGGUGUGUGUAUAGUUGGUCUGUACAACUGUGGAGACGAAACGCGAGACAAAUAGACACGUUGCAACAGCAAAUUCACUCCCUAGUUCCUUGAUCAUGUGACCCCUGCAGUCUCACAGGCGAACAUCUUUAAUAAUCUGAUAUUACUCUUCUCAUGGCGUGGACCUCAGGAUCAAAUUGAGCGAACACAGGACACCGAUUGGCCGUUUUUCACUCUCAGCGCGUCACUGUCAUGACUUCCUGCUUGUUUUCAUCACGUGACCGUCAUCAGGGCGGACGAAAAUGAUCAUUUCUGCUCGUUUCAUUUUGUUUCUUCUUUUAUUUUUUAAUCAGAAAUCUUUGUUUAUUCUUCAGCAAUAUAUAUAUUUUUUGCUAUUUUUAUUGAACCACUGGUGUUACAAAUUUGCACAGAGAAAAAUGUAUUUCAUAAACAAAUGUGAUGUCAUUAUAAUAUAUGACCUUGUGUGUGUAUGCACAGUGUGUAUGUGUGUGCGCGUCUGUGUGCGUAGACAUAGAAUAUGCACAUAUAAGAGUGUCAUGUACAGAUCUGGUCUUUAACAAGUGUCAAGUUUCUGGCCAUAUUUAAAAAAAAAAAAGCAUCAGCAGAUAAGAAAAUACAAAAAGAGCUGGAUAUACAGAGAUAAAGUCAUUUAAUUAUAUCUGGUUAGGCUGAAAUCUAAUUAGCUUUUAGCCCAUUGGACAGAAAUAAUGUGUUUACAAAGUAAAAUGCAGACCUUAAUCAUCUGCAGCCAGCCUGCGUUCCACAGUCACACAGAGACUGAACAGAGACCCACCGCCGCUGGUCACUAGAGAAAAGUUAGCCCUAGUGUUGUCUGACCAGUUAAUUAGCUGGUUGCUAGGUGAAACUGGUCACAAAGAAGUACAGCGCUUUUACAGAUUUAUUAGACCACCACGCAAUGUAAGGUUUAUGCCACAGCUGCUUUACUGUCUUAUAAAAAUGGUUACAGUUACAGUUAUUUGCUCACAUUCCUGAGCAGAAAAAUUAGUUGUUGAAUGUUUAGUUUGAUUCAGUGUGCAGGCUUAAAUUUGGGUAUAAAAGCAAUAGUUGCCUCCUUUAAAAAAUGGUGUUUGCUGCGAUGAAGCACAACUUAAUUUGUGGAUCUACCAUCCAAACUAUGGGUAACUGCAGCGGUGUACUAGCAACCAAAAGCAAUCACAAGACGUUUUUUGUGCAGCACCCUAUUUGUAACCAGUCUCAGCUAGCAACAGUCUGAAAUCGCCAGCAUCCAAGUGAUUUCCAACCGGUGAGCCACCGCUGUACACAGGCAACUCUAAACUAAAACAACAUGGCUGAUAGGCUAUAGUACAUUUCACUACACUGAGCAAUAAACAGUGGUGGGUUACUAUUAUUUGACCUCAGUGAAAUAAUGCAGUAACAAUAACAGCAUGUAUGUGGUGUUAACAGUGCAUCCACAUCCAAAUAUAUUACUCUCCAUAUUGUGGUAUUGAGUGGUGUAGCCUGUAGCGUUAUGAAUAAUGGUCUGCUGGUUUAAAUAUGGUGCAAAGGCUUGCUCAAAAAUCCAGUCAGACUCAUUAAUAGAAAUUUCUGUGUAACACCUUUUUUUUCCUGUAUUCCUGAGAAAUAUUUGCAGAAGUUUUCAUUGUCAGCUGUGACUUUUUUUUAAAGACCCAUAUCUGUAUGAGAGCUCACACUACAUGCAUGUAGAUGCACACUGUCUGUGUAGGAGAGUCUACGUGUACCAUUUAGUUUUCCAAGCUGUGACACUAGAGGUUCCUACUGAGGACACCAGUGUAGAUGAACCCGAGAUACCGUGCGUAAUCCUGAAAUCUGAGACAUUUGCCUGUCGAAUGGUUCACGUUCUCAAAGCUUCUCUCCGAAUUUUUCCCCCCAUAUUUAUAGGCUAAAGCAAAUAAUUUAAAAAUGCAGUAAAUUGAUCAAAAUGAAUAUAAGCGACUCUUUAUCAGAUCAACACGUGACACUGAAAAUUGAAAAUAAAAUUUAUUACAGGCUGCAAAUCCUGCUUCAGCAACCUUGUGGUUUUUAGUGCAUCUCUGUCCCAGAGAUGAGGCACAGCAGCGGCUGCAGCAUUGUCUUUUAAAUGUUCACAGGAAUUGAUUUCAUCUGUCACAAGUCUGAUUAAAGAGAAAUCUUGCCAUUCUUUGGGACUGACAGUUGAAAGUUUCACCACAGGUGGUAAUCUGUUACCACCUGUAAAGAGUAAAACCACACAAACUAUUCAUAACAUUUUCAUCCGAUGUAUUUGUGGACACAUCUGGAAUCAUCUUACUAGACUCCAGUUCGCUGUAAAGCAACAGGAUCAAGUGCAGAACGGUUGAACUCGGCGUGAGAAUAGAAAUGCUCUGCCCUUUUUCUUUCAGCAAACAAUAACAUGUAUCGAUUUUACUAUGAAUUGCCUGCAAAGUGCAUUAGUGUCCCAGGUGAUUGAUUUAGCCAUUAAUGAAUACAUGUGCUUCCUGCCAACAACCGUGAUUAUAGACUGGGAGUCAUUUCAUAGCUGCAGCCAAGUCCUUUAUUAAGUUAUUUAAGCCAAACUCUGUUACUUAUUUUAAAAAAGAUUAAGCCACAAUAAUCAUAUUUUUACCCUUUAAGUUAUGAAUUCAAGUUGAUUGAUUUUCCUCACUUGAGUGGUUGAAAUGCCAGUGUCAUCAUCAACCCCGCAUGACCAGCCUCUUAGCGAAUCGUACUAUUUUAGAGGGGAAAUGAAUCAAGCAUUCCGAAAAUAUUUCACUCUUCAUUUUUGUAAUGCUAAAAUAUGUUGUUGAAACUUCUUCUGGCCAUAUUUAGAAAAUCUACCUCGUGGUAUCUAGAUCAAAGAAAAAAAAAAGUCUAUUACUAAAGACAGCCAUCAGCAGCACAUGAGGUUAGCGUUCAACCAUGUUCUCUAAACUUGCUCUUAACUGUCUGUGUCCUUUCAGCUGAUGUGUGUAAAUGAAAAAAAUUCAUUUAGCUGAAAAUGGCUUUCUCAGUGUGAGGUUUUCUCAAAAUAGCCAUCUCAAAUAAUUCUUAAAUAUCUUAACACUUCUAUGUAUCCUCUUAGCUGCACACCCGACAUCUAUAAUGUUUCAACAUGGCUGGAAAAGGGGGAGGGGGGGCUAUUCCUGCACCCCUAACCACCUCUGCCUAUUCUUUCCUGUUAAAAACAUUUAAGUUUGGGAAAUCUGUCUAUUUAGCAUAACAACAAAGUUCAUGUGGGAUUGAAUGAUGCUCUGUUUUCUUCUUUCUGCCAUCAUGCACACAAGCGUAAUCUAUAAUCCUUAGAGCAGGUGCCAACAUGGCCUUCCUUUGUGGGUUUUUGCUGAAAUGUUAAAAGUGUGUGUGUGUUUCAUAACCUCAGCUGGGCCUGGAUCAAAUCGCAUGUAGAAUAAGUCACGGAGACGUUUAAUGUGCUUGGAGUUGGGGAUUGUUUUCUCCAACAGAAGAGAUUUCCCUACCUGGUGCCCAGAGCAGAUUCAUAGAAGUCCUUUUGAGUUAUUUGCGAAAGCCGUUUGAUCCGGGUCUCAUCCCUAUCUUAAACAAAACACAAUACGUCACCUCUGUUCUGUGGCUAUUUCAUCACCUUUGUCUUCUGUUUUCAUAUUGCAAUGCAUAUGUUAUGUAAUGUAUAUAGUGUAAAAUAAAAUGGGUUUGUUUUACAUACUGUAUAAUUGCCUAUAUUUUGUUUCAGAAGUGUAACAGAUUUAUGAGAUGACAGGUUAACACAUUAAAAAGAUGGAACUGAG